AUGUCUAGACCAAGCAUCGUCCCAAGUGUCGACGAAUUUCGCCUUCCCAAAUUCGACUUUGAGCCAUGGUCAACAAGGUCCUCGGUCUACUCUCAAGGGACUACUGAAGAUGAGAAGGCCCUCAUCGACUUCAAUAAAUGCGUAUCGGAAAGCGCGGAGGAUUGGUCGCCGACCAAGAAAUUGUUCGCCGUCAGCACAUGUUUCCUCGUUGUUCUCAAUUCAGCCAUUGCGUCUUCGCUUCCUGGCGGAGCCGUCUCCUACACCGCAGAUUAUUUUCACGUCACUGAUGAACAACAAUACGGCCUUCCCAUAUCCGUAUUCUUGAUCGGCUACGUAUUCGGACCUUUGCUUUUCAGUCCUCUGAGCGAGAUGUACGGUCGAAGAAUCAUAAUGAUCGUAUCCUUUAUUGGAUAUACUGCUUUCACGUUUGGCUGCGCCAUGGCGCCUACGUGGCCAGCGCUCCUCAUAUUUCGCUUCCUCGUCGGACUUUGUGCUGCUGCGCCCUAUACUUUGGGAGGAGGCAUCUGUGCAGACCUCUAUUCGAACGCUGCUCAUCGGGGACUAGCCAUCAUGGUGCUUAUGAUAGUUCUUAAUGUUGGACCUGCUAGUGGACCUAUCAUCGCUGGCUUCGUCUCAUCAGUCAGUUGGAGGCGGAAAUACUGGGUCGCUCUAAUAUUAGCUGGUGUAUCUUUUAUUCCUCUACUGUUUCUUCCGGAAACAUAUGGACCAGUGCUACACGCUCGACGUGCUCGAGCCGCCAGGACCUGGGUUGGUAAGUCAGCCAAGCCAACGCCUCUUGUAUCGAACAAGCAAAGCUUGACAAAGACUCUAUCGGUGGCCUUCAUUCGCCCUUUCCGCAUGUUUUCUGAGCCAAUCGUACUGGCCACAUCCCUCCUCAUGGCCAUGGUAUAUGCCAUCUUCUAUCUAUUCUUCGAAGCAUACCCGAUAAUCUUUGGAGGAGUGUACCAAAUGAGCACCGGCGUCUCCGCCCUUGCAUUCAUACCCAUGCCAAUCGGCGCCUGCCUCGACAUCAUCAUUGUCUUGUGGUGGGAGCGUUAUCUCGAACGUGCGAAAGCGAGGAAUGCCCCCUGGGCUUUCAACGAGGAAUACCGGCGCAUGCCUCUCGCAUGCAUUGGCGGUCCUCUAUGCGCGCUCUCACUAUUCUGGCUCGGCUGGUCAGCCCGCCCCACUACCCACUGGAUCAUCCCCAUGCUCGCCGGCAUCCCCUACGGCAUGGGCGUCGAAAUCAUCUUCAUGGCCCUAACCAGCUACCUGUCCGAUGGCUACGGGACUCUCACCGCCUCCGCACUCGCCUCUGCAGCCAUCAUGCGCAGCGUACUCGGCGCUCUUCUGCCGCUGCUCGCGCAGCCGAUGUACGGUGCGCUGGGAGUGGGUUGGGCGUCGAGCCUGCUGGGGUUUAUGACGCUGGCGAUGGCCGUGGUGCCGUUUCUGCUGCUGAAGUUUGGAGGCGGGCUCAGGAGGAGGAGUAAGCUUUGUCGGCAGGUUAUCGAGAAGAAGGAGGCGCUGGAGGGGCAGGUAUAG